AUGCGAUUCAUCACAGAUUCUCGUGGUCUCGGCGACCCAAACUCGGAACCAGUCCCUCUUCAAGUCAUCGGUGCAGGUCUUCCACGCGCUGCCACAUCCUCAAUGCAAGCGGCAUUUGAGAAACUGGGUUUUGGUCCAUGCAUGCACAUGGCAGAAAUCCUUCCACAUGCAUCACGCCUGCAACUCUUCAUUGACACGCUACGCGAAAAAGACGACGCGAAACGGAAGAAGAUGGUUCGUCAACUUAUUCACAGCCACCGAUCCAUUUGCGAUCUUCCUGUUUUCUAUUUUACUCCCGAAAUGAUGGACGAAUAUCCUGAUGCAAAGGUCGUCAUAAAUAUGAGACCUGACGGUAAAGUCUGGGCCAAGAGCGCCGAAGACAGCUUCUGGUUUUUCUUCAGUCCGUGGUUCAAAUGGGUUGGUCUUCUCUGGGCCACAGAUCGCCUGUGGUACAAGCUCAACAUGGAGACGGUGAAGAAGUGCAGGGAAGAGUAUGGUACGACAGACAUAUUCAGCGCCGAGUGUUAUGACACGUAUUACAGACGUGUGCUUGACGAAGCCAAGAAACGGAACAGACAAGUGCUUAUUUUCAAGGCUGAGGACGGCUGGGAACCUCUUUGCAAGUUCUUGGGUAAAGAGGUUCCAAAUGAGCCUUUUCCACGUCUAAAUGAAAAGAAGACCUUCGAAACGGUCAAGAGGAUAUUUAUCGCUAAGGGAGUGUUGUCUUGGAUGGCCCUGUUUGGUGCGACUUGGGGCGCAUGGAAGGUCGCAUCGCAUUUCCUAUGA